AUGCGGGGAGAGUUGGAGCUUCUUUCUUCCUUUGCUUCGGAGGUCAGGAGUGCGGGGUUCAACAGGGUGGUGCUGCUGGGGAUGGGCGGCAGCUGCCUGGGGCCCGAAGUCCUUCGGAGGACAUGUGGCAACGCCUCCGGAUACCCUGAGUUGUCGGUCCUGGAUUCUACGCUGCCUGCCUGGAUAGAGGCCGUAGAUGAGGUUAUUGACCCGGCCAAGACCCUGUUCCUGGUUUCUUCCAAGUCGGGCAGCACCAUUGAAUCGAACACCCUUUACUCCUAUUUUUGGGAACGGGUAUCAAAGGUUGUCGGCGAAGAGGCCGCCGGCGGCAAUUUUGUCGCAAUAACGGAUACAGGGACGGGCUUGGAAUCCCUGGCAGGGAACAAGGGUUUUCGGAGAGCCUUUCUCAAUUCGCCGGAAGUCGGAGGCCGGUACUCGGUAUUGUCCUAUUUUGGAAUGGUGCCGGCCGCGCUGAUUGGCCUGGACCUGAGUGUCCUGCUGGGCCGAGCUGAGGCCAUGCAAAAUGCCUGCACCGUAGUCAAUGCCGCGGAGAACGCCGGGGCCAGAUUGGGUGCAGUCAUGGCCACAAUGGCGCUUGAAGGCAGGGACAAACUCACCCUUAUUACUUCGCCCGCGCUGGCCGGCUUUGGUCUUUGGGUGGAGCAGAUGUUGGCAGAGAGCUUGGGCAAGUCCGGCAAAGGCAUUAUUCCGGUGGCCGGCGAGCCUGCUCUUUCACGGGAACACUAUAGUGAAGAUCGGCUGAUAGUCUAUCUGCGGCUGAAUGACGAUGACAACGCCAGGACGGACGCGCUGGUUGCAGAACUGGCAUUCGACCACCCUACCGUUCAGCUGGAACUGACGGACCGGUUUGACCUGUGUGCGGAGUUCUAUCGGUGGGAGUUUGCCACUGCUGUCGCCGGACACAUACUGGGAGUGCACCCCUUCGAUCAACCCAAUGUGCAAGGGGCGAAAGACAAGACAGACCUGGUACUGGGACAGUUUGAGGCUACUGGCGCGCUGCCGCAGGUUGGUGCGGCGGACUCGGCGGGACAGCUUGUGUCCCUGGUUACGCCAGGCGAUUACAUAGCGAUACUGGCGUACCUUCCGAACACACCGGAAGUAACCCUGGCGCUGGAAAGUUUCCGGAAGAAGCUCACGGAAAAGUGCGGGGUCCCCACUACUGCCGGUUUUGGGCCCCGAUACCUCCACUCAACCGGCCAGCUCCACAAGGGCGGACCUGGCUCCGGAGUCUAUCUGCAACUUACUGGCGACCAUCCUGCAGACCUCGCCAUCCCCGGUCGCUCCUACACCUUCGGGACGCUGGCCGAUGCCCAGUCUACGGGAGACCUUCAGGCCCUCCAGGCUUUGGGUCGGCGUACGGCCAGGGUGCACCUGGGAGAUCAGCCGGCCUCGGGAAUACAACGAUUGGAGUCCCUGCUUUAG